GGCCUGUCUCCACCGUCGUGCUGUUAGCUGGUGUAGCAUCCAGCAGGCUAACAGGCGAGACAAUACUGACUUCUGCUCACACUUUGUGCUAUUUUUGCCAUGUUUGUCGCUUGAAUUGUCAGAGAAAAAGCCAAAAGACAAGACCAACCCCUCAUCAAUGAUGCAGUUCAUGCUGUUGUUUAGCCGUCAGGGGAAACUGCGCUUACAGAAAUGGUACGUGCCUCUGUCUGACAAAGAACGGAAGAAGAUCUCCAGGGAUCUGGUUCAGACCAUUUUGGCCCGAAAACCCAAAAUGUGCAGUUUUCUGGAGUGGAGGGACCUCAAGAUUGUCUAUAAGAGAUAUGCAAGUUUGUAUUUCUGCUGCGCUGUUGAAGACCAGGACAACGAGCUGAUCACCCUGGAGAUCAUUCACAGAUACGUUGAGCUGCUGGACAAGUACUUUGGCAGUGUUUGUGAGCUGGACAUUAUUUUCAAUUUUGAGAAAGCCUACUUUAUCCUGGAUGAGUUCCUGUUGGGAGGAGAGGCUCAGGAGACAUCCAAGAAGAACGUGCUAAAGGCAAUCGAACAGGCCGAUCUGCUGCAAGAGGAAGCUGAGGCCCCACGCAGUGUGUUGGAGGAGAUUGGCCUGACAUAAACCAUCAAUAUAAAAUCAUAUCACAACUCCCCCAUAUUUCCUCCAUUUUCUCGUCAGUGUUGUGAAUAUUUUGAUCAUCACCGUACUGUAGAUUCUGUACCGUGUUCCCAAUCCCUUGUGAUGUCUUUGCUGUGGUGCCAAUUGUGGUUUUGUUGUCUUUCUGUGUAAAAAUGAAAACCUUUCUAUGACCAAGCAGCACAAUUACCCAUGUUCACUCCCAUUGAACCCCAUGUACAGUA